AUGUCGGUUUCCCCCGUUAUUUUGUUUUGUCUCUUGCACAUGCUGUUUUUAACGAAAAUAUACCUCUGUAUGGAAACUGAUUUUUGUGAACCUGUUCGACUUGACCGUGAAAACUUCCCAAGUCAUGACAAACUGAACAAAGAACUUGUUGUUUACAGAAUAAACGCUUUUAAUCAGGAAUUUUAUCUUAAUCUUCUGCCUGACUCCAGUUUUCUGGCUCCUGAUGGCACAUUUCAAUAUAACACAUCAUCUUCGAGUGCUUUUUUAGGAGAUGAUUUUAGAAGAUGCUUUUACUCCGGUGAUAUUAAUGCAGACAGGAAUUCAUACGCAGCUCUCAGUCUCUGUGGAGGUAUCCGAGGAGCGUUCUCUCAUAACGGGAUGGAGUACCUCAUAGAGCGCAGGUCGACCAACACAGCACCAGGACUGAUCCCAGAUGAUGCUGAAAAAACGCACAUCAUCCGCAGGAGAAGACAUCUUCACGCACCGAACUCAACAUCUAGGUGCGGAGUUACAUCCAGUUUAAACCAGGACGUUGUGGAGUCGCUGGAAAAGUAUAAACAUGUUAAGGGACACACGAGGAACUUAACAGAAACUUUGUUGAAAAGCAUGAGCAGAUCGAAAAGAUUCGCCUCUAUACCGAGGUACGUAGAGGUCCUGGUUGUCGCUGAUGAGUCUAUGGCAAAAUUCCACGGCGACGACCUGAAGCAUUACCUUUUGACUCUCAUGUCUGUCACCGCAAAGCUGUACAAACACCCCAGUAUCUUGAACGCCAUCGGUAUAGUGGUUGUAAAGCUUAUGGUGAUUAAUGAGGCAGAAAAAGGACCCAAAGUAUCCAGUAACGCAGCACUGACGCUGCGCAAUUUCUGCACCUGGCAGAAGAAGCUGAACAAGAUCAACGACAAACACCCAGAGUACUGGGACACCGCUAUUUUGUUUACAAAGCAGGACCUGUGUGGGGCUACCACAUGUGACACUCUGGGUAUGGCUGAUGUAGGAACCAUGUGUGAUCCUAAGAGGAGCUGCUCAGUUAUUGAAGAUGAUGGUCUUCCCUCAGCCUUCACCACCGCACAUGAAUUAGGGCAUGUGUUCAGUAUGCCACAUGACAAUGUGAAGGCUUGUGAGGAGGUAUUUGGAAAGCUGAAGGACAACCAUAUGAUGUCUCCCACACUGAUCCAGAUUGACCACAACACGCCCUGGUCUGUCUGCAGCGCUGCCAUCAUCACAGACUUCCUGGAUGCUGGCCACGGUGACUGUCUGCUGGAUCAGCCCCAAAAGCUUUUGGCUCUUCCAAAUGACCCUCCGGGCAUCAGCUACUCGCUCAGCCGUCAAUGUGAACUGGCUUUCGGCUCAGGAUCCAAGCCCUGUCCGUACAUGCAGGCGUGCUCCAAACUGUGGUGCACAGGGAAAGCUAAAGGACAGCUGGUGUGUCAGACUCGCCACUUUCCCUGGGCUGACGGUACGACCUGUGGCAGCAACAAGCUGUGCUAUCGGGGGAUCUGUACUGAUAAGCAAAAUACCAACAAAGACAAGGCAGACGGACAAUGGGGUCGGUGGGGUCCAUAUGGUUUGUGCUCCCGUACUUGUGGGGGAGGGGUGCAGCUCGCCAAAAGGGACUGUAACAACCCUGUCCCUGAAAACGGGGGCAAGUACUGUCAGGGACUGAGAGUGAAGUAUCGCUCAUGCAACUUAAAGCCCUGUAAAGACUCAGGAAAGAGCUUUCGAGAGGAGCAGUGUGAGGCGUUCAAUGGCAUCAGUCUGAACACUAACAGACUGAGCCCAUCUGUGGUCUGGGUUCCGAAAUACUCUGGAGUGUCUGUUAAGGACAGAUGCAAGCUCAUCUGCCGAGCCAACGGCACUGGAUACUUCUAUGUCCUUGCACAGAAGGUGGUGGACGGAACCCCUUGUUCUCCUGAUACCUCAGCGGUCUGUGUUCAGGGAAAGUGCAUUAAGGCUGGCUGUGAUGGCAAACUGAGCUCCAACAUGAAGUUUGACAAAUGCGGUAUGUGUGGUGGAGACAACCAAAACUGCAAGAAAGUCUCUGGAAUGUUCACAAAACCCAUGCAUGGAUAUAAUUUUGUGGUAACUCUACCGGUCGGAGCUGCAAACGUGGAUAUAAGGCAGCGCGGUUACCGCAGUUUGAUUAACGAUGACAACUAUUUAGCAGUAAAGAACGUCCACGGCAAAUAUCUCCUGAAUGGAAACUUUGUGGUUUCAGCAGUAGAAAAAGACAUUAUCGUAAAGGGAAGUCUACUUCGCUACAGUGGAACCGGGACAUCGGUGGAAAUACUGCAGGCCUCUAGACCUCUCAAAGAGUCUCUUACGGUGGAACUAUUGUCUGUAGGUAAAAUGACACCUCCUCGUGUGCGCUACUCCUACUACCAAAAUGUGGGAAAGAAGGAGGGCAAGAUCUUAAGGAAGGACGAGAGGAACCCUACACAGAACAGUGUGCUGGAAGACAGCAAUAAAGUGGAGCUGAAGAAGCCAGCCUAUCAGAUGCCGUCUUAUAAGUGGGUGGCAGCGGACUGGAAUAAGUGCUCGGUUACCUGUGGGAAUGGGGUUCAAAGUAGACUGAUACAGUGUUUGGACUCGGAUGGGGAAACAGCCACACACUGUGACGGCACACAAAAGCCCAGUGCCAUAAGGGUGUGUGGUGACCCUUGCCCAAUGUGGAGUAUAGGCGAAUGGUCCUCAUGCUCUAAAACCUGCGGGAAAGGCUUUACGAGACGCCCACUGCGAUGCAUCACUCAGACUGGACUGCUUUUACCUAGAGACCACUGCUCAAGCAAAAGAAAGCCACAAGAACUGGACUUUUGCACUGUUCGGCCCUGCUAAUGAAUGAUUCGGUGUGUUCUGGGACCCAUUUUAUGGAGCCAAAGUGAUCUUUUUACGUGUGCAUCCUUUGUUGCCUCAUUUAUAAUGGGAAUAUUGUCAUGAAACAAAGACAAAGGAUGUCUUUUACCAUUACAAUGUUACAUGUUAAGGUACAGAUAUCGCCUACCUCGAAAAGGACAGGGUGUUUUAAAGCAACUAAAUAACAGACCACGUAAAAUUGUAUAAUGGUAUGCUGUGGCAUUAGAACUGUCACAAAAUAAAACUAGCAUCUCCUCUACAUAUGGUUUGUAGACAAUAUCAGAAAGUGUUUGAGUUUGUAUUCAGACUUUAAAUACAUGUGAAUAAUUUGAUCUAAAUGUGAAGCAUAUUGUAUGCAAAAAUAGGGUGACUUGGUCCAUGCACUAUUGACCAUUUGUAUUCAUAUAUUAGGCUGAGAUAGUCAGUAGAUUCAAACGUUCCUAAUCAUUGAAGUUUCAAGACAAAACAAUGCCAAAUUAAGCCUUUUAGUUUGGGUUUAGUGAAAGUAAUCAGUACUUUACAUUUUGGGCAGAAGAGGAGCUAUUAUGAACACAUAUUUUAUUAAUAAAAUAAUGUUAACGUUUAACAUAAUGGUACUGUACCCAAAGGGAUAAAACAGUUAAAUACUAUAAAUAAAUCAGUUAAAAUACUAUAUGGCAAUAAACUUCAUCAAUUCAGCUAUCUAUAUAAGUAAACCAGUUAGAAAGUCUUUGGGUAUCUUGAUUUUUUGUAAAACUGAUCUCUGCUAAAAGACACUGAUGUUGAUACAGCCUUGAUGCUGCAAAUGUUGUGCAAAAGCAAGAUCUUAUACAAUACGAUUUCAAUAUCUAAAAUCUCGACAGUAUGCAGAGGAAAAAAGACAAAAUAUUAAACACAUGCGGCUGCUACGGCCAUUAUGAUUUUAGCUGUAAAAUAACCGUUUCUUAGAUGGAAAAUCAGUAGUGUUUUAUUGUACGUGUAUUAGAUGUAUUCUCUGCUGGACUUAUGAAGAUACAUUAUAACUUGUGUAAACAACCCCUGUAAACCAAAUGUUGUUGGUAAGAGCAUCUCAUUCAUUCCAAAGGUGCUUCUUUGUUUCAUUUUGUUUUCUCAUCUUUUGAUGUUAAUACAGCAAAAGGCACUUAUGUUUUUCUAUUAGAAUCCAUUGUAUACUAUGUAUACAUCCAUCAACUGUGCACAAAUAAAUACAGAAACAUGAACUGCUCUGAGGGAUCUCCUCACUCAGCUG